UGUUGCGUUGAUCGCGCUAAAUUAGUUACAAAAAAAGCUUUAAAAAUCCAGAAAAAUGGUUGAGGAAGUUUCUCCGGAAGAUUUUUGCAAAAAAUGGUGUUCAAACUUGCAAAGUCCCGAACGUUCGGUGCGUCAAACGACGUUAAAAGAGAUGUUGGAGCACUUUGAAUCCGGCAAAGUUGAUGAAUCAACAGCUGAAACGUACUACAAUGAGAUUUACAUUCACCUAAUGAAGGCUUAUACGGAUCGUUUUGAGGUUUGUCGAUCUCUGGCAGCGUCAAUUGUGUCGUCAAUGAUGAAAUUUCUCCCGAGGAACAGUUCGUAUCUCGAAUAUAUUUGUUCUGUGAUCGCUCAGAGACUUGCUCAGGCAGAAAUGAUCGAAGAAAGUGAAGAAAUGCGACUUCAGCUGGUUCAACAACUCAAAGAAUUGAUUGAAAAGUUCAAAGAAUGCCCGAAAGAGAAGAAAGAUUUGAUUUUAAAGGCUUAUAAUGACGUCAUUGAUGUCUUGAUACGAACCAUUAAGGAUCCUUAUCCGGCGAUUCAGAAAGAAUCUUGUGAAAUUGUGAAGUUACUUGCGACAGCAACUCCCAGUUUUCGUUAUCGAGCUGAAGUUCUUGUGAAACCGAUGACUUUUAUGUUGUCACAUCGAUAUUCAGCCAAUAGAGCGAUUGCCAUUGAAACUUUGUCCAUUACUGCCUUGCAUAUUUUAACGAAUGACGAUAAAGUUGGAAAUAUUAUCAUGGAUUUGUCGAAAUUGCUCAUGGAUGAUGUCCCCAAAGUUCGAUUGGAAUGCGGGCGAGCUGGAAUUCGUUUGGGUUUGGAACUGCGAGAUCGUUAUUCGCAUUUUAGUAAAAUUUUGCCCUUAAUUCUGUGCAGCUUGGUUGACGAAGUCGAAGAAAUUCGCGAGGAAAUCCAUAAAAAUUGGAUAAAAGUUGGCGCGCAAUAUUACGACGAAAACGAAGAAGAGCUCAAAGAAUAUUUACUCACAGAUGUGACUCCAGAAAAUUAUCCCGCCGAGUUAAAACGCCCCACAGUCGGAUGUCGUCAACUCGUACAACGAAACCUGAAAAUGGUGAAUAUUAUUUUGCACGAAAUGGAAGAAUGGAAGGAAGAAGUUCGUCUUCAUGCCACGAGAUUAUUGGGACAAGUCGUAAUUCACUCGGAAAAAUUAUUUGCGACGCAAUUUAUUGAUGCGUUUCCCGUUUUGGCGAAAACUUGCGUUGAUCCGGAGAAGAUAGUUGCGGCGGAAGCGAUGCUCAUAGCGAUUUAUUUGGGAACUUUUUUGGAUUAUUCGUCGUGGGCGGAUUAUGUGAGGCGUCAAAUGUCGAAACAACCAAAUUUGGGGAAUCUGAAAUGUUUUACGGCGUUAUUUGCAGCAGCUUCGAAUGAUGAAAAAUUGGGGGAUUUGAAGGAAAUUAGUGAGGUUUUGGUUGAUACGACAAUUUGUCAUAAUACGAAGCCCGAAUAUCAGUUGCAGCUUUUGCAAUUUUGUGAUGUGCUGUCUGAUGGAUUGUCGAUAAUUCAGACAAACGACUCUUCAGACUCAUCAAUUUCGGAAACAGAAAAGAACCUUUACACAAUUACGAUGAAAGUAAUGUCUCUCGGACCUGAAAUCGAAGACAUUCAAACAUUAGGAAAGGAAAUUUUAGCAAAAAUUUCAACUUUUACCUCCGUUCAAGGUCUUCACGAUCGUUACUCGUUACAUCUCUUAAACCAAAUCGGUCCUCUCGAAACCGAAGCUGAAGAAGUUCUUCCUCAAAUCUCACUUUUAAGCGGCAUCAUCAACAUUUCCGGACUACAUUCCGCCAACAUUCGUACUUUUCAACCACAUAUCUUGACAGCUCUGAAAAACACGUGUCCCGAAGGAAGAGUUUUAAUUUUCAAAUCAAUCGCUGAAGUCAUGAUUCAAUGGAAAACGCUCUCAACGUCGCCCGAAAACACCGAAGAAGUCCUCAAAACGUUCAUUCAAGACGUCAUUCAACCGUAUCUCGUGUGGGCAGCUGGCAGAAGUGCCGAAACUGUUCGAACGAUGGCAACUGCGUGUUUGUGUGCGACAAUUCAAGGCGCUGACGAAGAAAUUGCUGCGAAAUUAAUUGAUCAUUUUUCGUCGGAGCUUGUUCCUUUGAUCGAAGACAACAGUAUUCGAACUCGGGCGUUCGCUCUGAGGAUUUUAUUGAGUAGCGGCGCGAUGGAGACAGAAAAAUUGAAGCCUUUGAUGUUUCAAGUGUCAGCUAGAUUGGAUGAUCCGUGUGCGGAAGUGAGAAUUUUGGCAGCAAAUGUAUUGGGACACAUGAAAGCGACGGAUAAAAAGGAGUGCGAAGGCAUUUUUGAUCAAAUUGUCGAACGAAUGAUCCUUCAUUUGGAAAGUCCUGAAGUAGAAUUGAAGGAAAAACUCGCAGAAUCGCUGAAAAAAAUUGGAAAAGAGUAUUCUGAAGUAUAUGAAAAGCAUUUAAACGCAUUACCUGAGAACAAUCCAAUUAAAAAACUCUUGAUAGAAGAGACGAAAUUGUAAUUUUAAGCAAUUUUCGGAUUUUUAAAUAAAAAUAACAAG